AAGUCUAGAGGUCAACAGACGUGUCAAAUAGGGAAUAUUUCCCAGGUCAUUCUAAGGGUACUUGUGUGUGUGGUAUACGUGUACAGAAAUGGUACAUGAGCACUCAAACUCGUGGAGAUUAUUCUGUGACCGAUCGCAAGACUGUCCCUUGUCCGUGGUAUAAUAAAUACGCUUCUAGGGUGGCACGCGCGAUGCCAUGUUAUGUACGGUGUCUGAACAGAUGUAUCGGGACAGAUCUUCACGCUCCUUCAAAAGUUUUCAAGGAACAAAGUACCAAGAUUUAAAAAUUUUAAAAUUCAUCGACCAGCAUCUGAAAAUUUAGCAAAGAUGAGCGAUUCCUACUUAGCAGAAUUGAGACGCAUCAAAAGAAAAUGCGCUAGGGACAUGGCUGAGUGCUUGGCUGAAGCAAAAUAUAGACUUAAAAGAAUUGCAGAAACUAACGAUGAAAUUAGUUUUUUAAAUGAGAAAGAUGAAGAUUUCUGUGAUUCCCAUAGAUCAGAACAUGUUACUGUUAGUAAAGACGUCGAUGAGCAACAGACUGUUACGAAGUCAAGAAAACGAGCAAGAUCUCGCUCCCCCAAUAAGUUACCACCAAGACCUGUGGGAUCGGUUAUCCAGCAAACUCCGUCUCCUGUCAGAUGUUUUUGGUCUGUGGAAUCUCCUGCACAGCCAGGACCAUUUACUGCUAUUAACAGGCCCUCCAUCACACAUUCUGAGUUGACACCAGCAGCAUCUUCAACAGCUGCUACUGACAGGAGCUCCAUUGCAUUAAUUAUACAAAUGCUACCAAGUUACUUUGAAAAAAGUUUCAAAAAGAUGGAAGAAAUCCAGACCGCUAUAGAGAUCCUGCAGCGGAAGGUGGACCAGCUGGUAGCCACACAGAAUGUGGCUUCCAGCCAUGCAACUCCUGCCCUUCCAGAUGGCUUUAUCUUUCCACUGCAGGAAGUUUAUCAACUGGAGAGGUUAAAUGAUACUUUGGCAGAGGAGGAUACCAGACAAAGAAUGAUUUUGUAUCUGAGCUUUUUUGGUGGCAGCACACCAAAAGAGGCACUGUACCGUCUGCUAAGACAUCUGCUUGUUCCAAAGCUAUCUAUUUUAUAUAGCUUGGAAGGGAGGAAGGGGAAACGACGAUUCAACAGCUUACAGCAUUUAAAAGCUGCAAUUUACGAGCCCAUAGUGAAACGAUACCACGAUGUCACAAUGGCCGAUUUGGACAAGUAUGCAAGGGAAUGGCUGGCCAUAUCAGGUGACCGUGAUGGAGGCCGGAAGAGGAGGGAAGAAAAAAAACUACAAAGUGUGUCAAGCACUUCCUUUUAAUGUUCGUCUUGAUGUAAUUUUGGGAGGGGUGCUUGUAUAUAUUAUGUGUAUUGUAUGAAUUUGAUAUGCUUGGGUGUUUUAUGGCUUUUAGGAGGGGCAUUCUAUGGAAUGUUUAUUCAUUUGUAGAUCUUUUGAGAGGGUUGUUUAAAUUUAAUAUUGGUGUAUAUUUUAUGUUUGUGCAUUUUUUAUAUCUUUUUGGAAAGGUGUGUGUAUAUAUAUAUACACACACAGAGAGAAAGAAAAUAGAAAUAAAAUGGCUACUAUUCAUAUUUACUGUUUUCUGCUGGUUAAAUGAUGAUAAAUGGUGUGGCUGCUGGUUAUGAUGUGGAAUAAAUAAUGUAUCUUAAUUCUUAACGCAUUCUUAACAUCCGAUGGCCUGAGAAGAUCUCCAAUACCGCCCUGUGGGAG